CAUUAAAGCUGGACGUCUUCUCUCGCACAUUCCAUAUCAGCUUUACACCAAGCAGUCAAGCGUUCAAAAAGGUCUCAACUUUAAUAGCAUAUGCAAACCUGAAGAUGCCAUGCCAGGUCCAAGCAAUAUAGCUAAAGAUCUCAACAGGGUAAAUCAUAUUAAAAAGUGUGAGAUGGAAAAUGAGAUCACACCUAAUGGAAUAAGUGGCUGGAAUGAAGAAGAAGAAGAAGAAGAAAGUGACUAUUUUGGAUUUACAGAGCUGGAGCAGAUCCUUCCUGGACGGAAACAAAAUGGGAUUCCGUCUCACAAAGACAGUACUGCCAUUUUUAACGGACACACACACACUUCUACCAGUGCCUUAAAGACACAGGAUUGCUUGGUGCCCUCCGGCAACGGUGUUGCAAGUAGGUUCUCUCCAGGCCCUGUGCAGGAGGAGGGGAAGACUGAAAAAGGCAUGGUUGACUUUAGAGACUGCACAAUGCAGCAGUUGCAGCAAAGCAACAAAAAUACAGACUUUUCGUGGAAUCCACAUAGGACUAUGAGUAAUUCAUCCUCUUCAUCUUUGCACAGUAAUGCUAAAAUAAAUGGUGCUCAUCACUCCACUGUUCAGGGGCCUUCAAGCACAAAAAGCACUUCUGUACCUACUCCUAGCAAGGCAGCUUCCUUACCUGUGUCCAAAACUUCAGAUUGUAGUUUUAUUUCUGACUUUUAUUCGCGUUCAAGACUGCAUCAUAUAUCAACUUGGAAGUGUGAAUUGACAGAGUUUGUCAACAGCCUGCAGAGAAAAAACAGCGGUGUCUUUCCAGGAAGGGAAAAAUUAAAAAAAUGGAAAGCAGGCAGGUCUGCACUUAAAACUGACCCAGGUAAUGUGUCUGUUGCGAGCUCAACCAAGCCACAGAAUUGUAUAAUGCACGUGGAUAUGGAUUGCUUCUUUGUGUCUGUGGCUAUCCGAAAUAGACCGGAUCUCAAAGGGAAACCAGUAGCUGUUACUAGUAACAGAGGUGCAGGAAAGGCACCACUGCGCCCUGGUGCAAACCCCCAGCUUGAACAGCAAUAUUACCAGAAUAAGCUAUUGAAUGGCAAAGCAGAAAUUAGAGUACCUGAUAAGCUGGACUCAUCAGUCUGGGAGCAUCUGAAUUCCACACAUAUGAAUGGAGCUGACUUCGAUCUCACUGUUCUGUCCAUGGCUGAAAUAGCUUCCUGUAGUUAUGAAGCCAGACAAGUUGGCAUAAAGAAUGGAAUGUUUUUUGGCCAAGCAAAAAAGUUGUGUCCAAAUCUUCAAGCAGUUUCCUAUGAUUUUGACGCAUACAAAGAAGUUGCACGGACAGUAUAUGAAAUACUAGCAAGCUAUACUCAUAACAUCGAAGCAGUCAGUUGUGAUGAAGCACUAGUAGAUAUCACUGAAAUCCUUACAGAGACCAGAUUGACUCCUGAUGAACUUGCAAAUGCUAUCCGCACUGAAAUCAAAGCCCAAACUAAAUGCACUGCUUCCGUUGGGAUGAGUUCCAACAUUCUGCUGGCCAGAAUGGCAACUCGUAAAGCAAAACCAGAUGGACAGUAUCACUUAAAACCUGAAGAAGUGGAUGAUUUUAUCAGAGGGCAACUUGUUACCAGUCUUCCAGGAGUUGGCAGGACGAUGGAAUCUAAGCUGGCUUCAUUGGGAAUUAAAACCUGUGGAGAUCUGCAGUGUGCUUCAAUGUCAAAACUGCAAAAAGAAUUUGGUCCAAAAACAGGACAGAUGCUGUACCGAUUUUGUCGCGGUUUGGAUGAUCGACCUGUUCGUACAGAAAAAGAAAGAAAAUCUGUUUCAGCAGAAAUCAACUAUGGAAUAAGGUUUACACAGCCUAAGGAAGCAGAAGCUUUCCUUCUGAGCCUCUCAGAAGAAAUCCAACGUAGACUUGAAGCUGCUGGUAUGAAGGGUAAACGAUUGACCCUUAAAAUUAUGGUCAGAAAAGCUGGGGCACCAAUGGAGCCUGCAAAAUAUGGAGGUCAUGGAAUCUGUGACAAUAUCGCCAGGACUGUGACUUUAGACCAUGCAACAGACAGUGCAAAAAUAAUUGGGAAAGAAACUCUAAACAUGUUUCACACAAUGAAACUGAACAUAUCAGAUAUGCGAGGG